AUGGCUUAUAGGCAGAAUGGCCAAUAUCCGCCGUCCCAAUCACCGCGGCAGCCAUAUCCGCCAGCAACGCCUCCGCAGCAAUCCUACCAUCAUUCUCCGCAGUUCUACCCACAGGUUGUAAUUCCAGCAUACCCUCCUCACUUAGCACAAAGUCCGCUACUACAACCCCCUUUACGGCCGCAUGAUUUCACGACCCCCGCUAUCUCGCAGCAAAUUCCUCCCCAUUAUUCCGCUCCACCGCACACGGGCUUCCAAUAUGGAGGGGUUUCCGGUGCCCCAGGCUCGCCAUUUGCGGUACCAAAUCGACACCCCGACUCAUACGUCUCUCCACAUUCACUAUACCCAGUGACGCUACCGCCCCAUUCCCAGACUCAAGUCCCUCCUCGACCUCUUCAGCCAGUACCUCAACGACAAGUUCCACAGCCAAUUUCUCCUCAAGUACAGAGUUUACCACAGACCCAAAGAUACUCGCAGUUUCCUACACAAGCAAGCCCAACAAUACGGAAUAAUCAUCAUAUACCAAAAGGGACCAGGACACCAACUGCCCAACCUCAAGCUCGGCCAUCACCACAGAUGAUGGGGUCAAAAUUGUCACAACAGCAGAAGCACGGAGGACAUGAUAAUACCAAGCCAUCUGUGGACUACCAGGUUUUGCUUCUGGCUCUCGCUGAUGAGUAUCUUGAUGCUGCCCAUAGCCAAGCUACUUUAAUCGCAGUUUCCCAGGAUGCGCAAGAGAUGGAACAAUAUUACAAACUGAUCGCCUCAGGUUUGAGAUGUAUGGAGGCACUGCUGAAGAUUGAUCUAUGUGAACGGAAUAGGAUGUUUGAUCUCAAAUAUGGAAUGCAGCAAUUACUGUGCCGAAUAGUGUCCAAAUCCAACCCAAGAGCCGCAAUGAAGACAGUUGACGGUGUGAUUCAUGACAUAGAAACGUAUCGACAUACUGGCUGGGAGUAUGCAUUUCGUCUACUAAGGGCAUCAAUAUCACUCUCACCACCACCACACCAGGAUUUGGUGGGUGCAUUGCAUAACCUUCAAAAAAUAUCGUCGUUGGCGGCAUCGUGCGGCGAUAAAGCAGUUUCGGUUAUUGCCGCCGUUCUUGAGGCAUUGAUCCAUCUUCAGCAGUCCACAAAUGCAGAUUCCAUUGAGCACGCACAGCGAGCAAUUGCUACAGCCCGAAGUCGCCAGCUGGAUCCUGAAAUCCGUGGUAUACCCCAACUUAACUCUGUCAUCCAAAUGGUAGAUAUAUGUUGCAGCAUCCUUGAGUACGAUACAAAUCAAUCUAGCCAAAAACUCAAGGAAAUGCAGAGAUCAAUGGACCAGGACAUUCAUAAUCCAAAGUGGAAAGACGACGGAUCGUUCGCUCUCCCCCUGACCACUGGGACUCUGAAAUCAACCUCGUCUCGAGAGCCUCAAAAUGACGGCCAUAUAUUUGAAUUAACAAUGAACUGGCUUCCUGAGCAUGACCUCUAUGCACUUUGCUAUUUCCUAAGCUCCGUCACCUUGAGCGCAAAGAAUUCGCAGGACGGUCAUAAGGCGGAGAAAUAUCUUGAGGAAGGUUUGGGCAUGAUGAAGGCUGGUCUAUCAUCACCCCAGGGAAUCUCCGAGUCGUUAGUUGCUUCCUCUUCUCGAAUUUGCUGGAGGAGACGCCUUUACUGCAACAUGCUCCUCCAGCAGGUGUUUCUCUUUUGCUCUCGAUCCGAGUGGCGAAUGGCAAAUAAGACGCUUAAAGAAGUUAGGAGUACGCUGGCCGAACUCGGAGACUCGGUAAGCGAUGAUAUUAUAUGUCUGGCUGAAUAUGCACGCGGUAUUAUAUACCAAGCAAUCGGCGACAUUGAAGCAGCAAUGGGCACUCUCCGGCAGCCCAUAUUCUCUCUGUCGCGGGCCACCAACAAAGUUCCACGAAGCAAUCCACAUCGUGAUAUCAUAAUCUUAGCGAACUUGAAUCUCGUACUCCUUUUGAGGGAUCCUUCAAAAACAGAUCACUCGCUUGCCUCGGAAACGCUGAGCAUUGUCGGUCCGCAUUGUCAAAGCAGCCCAAACAAGUAUAUCCGGGCAGCGCAUUCUCUUAUAAGUGCCACCGUGCAUACGGAAUCUACAAUCCAGACGAAACGUGAUCUUCACCAGGCACUGCAAGCCGCGACGGCAAUCCAAAACAGUCAAAUAACCUGCGUCGCCCUAACAUUCAUGAGCUGGAAGUAUUUCCGGGGCGUGAUUGGCGAACAAUCUGAGAAGAGCGCUAUGGCUGCUAGAGCCAUGGCAAGAAAGGCAGAUGAUAAGUUAUGGAUGAGCGUUACGGAUGAUCUGUUAGCUGAAACGCUGGAUCGACAAGGAAAAUCUGCAGAGGCCCAGGCAUUGAGGGCCAAGGCAGAUAGAAAGCUGGAGGCGUUACCGCCGGCGUUGAAAAUGAACAGGCCCGAUGGGAACGGGAAUGGAAAUACAAACACCAAUGGUGGUGCGUCGAAGAAAUAUGUCUAG